UUCCCGCGUCUGGCCGGGCUUCCGUCUCUCGCUCCGGCGGGAGCUUGGGAACCGUCUCCGCCGUUCUACGUCCUCCACCUCCGGAGUCCCCGGUGACUUUGUCACAGCCUCUGUUGCCCUGUGAUCUGCAGGUCCUGGGAGAGGCACAGCUAAGAUGCCAGGACAUCCUGGAAGCUGGGAAACGGGGCCCUUGACAUUUAGGGAUGUGGCCAUCGAAUUCUCUCUGGAGGAGUGGCAGUGCCUGGACACUGCUCAGCAAGAUUUGUAUAGAAAAGUGAUGUUAGAGAACUACAGGAACCUGGUUUUCUUGGGUAUUGCUGUCUCUACGCCAGAUUGGAUCACCUGUCUGGAGCAAGGAAAAGAUCCCUGGAAUAUGAAGAGACACAGUAUGGUAGCCACACCCCCAGUUCUGUGUUCUCAUUUUGGCCAAGACCUUGGGCAAAGGCCAGGCAUAAAAGAUUCUUUUCAAAAAGUGAUACUGAGAGAAUAUGUAAAAUGUGGACAUAAGGAUUUACAGAUAAGAAAAGGCUAUAAAAGUGUGAAUGAGUCUACUGUGCGCAAAGAAGGUUAUAAUGAACUAAACCAAUGUUUGACAAGUAACGAGAGCAAAAUAUUUCAAUGUGAUACAUAUGGGAAAGUCAUUCAUAAAUUGUUAAAUUCAGGUAGAUGUAAGACAAGACAUACUGCAAAGAAACCUUUCAAAUUUAAAAAAUGUGGCAAAUCAUUUUGCAUGCUUUUACAUCGAAGUCAACAUAAAAGAACUCAUAUUAGAGAGAAUUCUUACCAAUGUGAAGAAUGUGGUAAAGUCUUUUACUGGUUCUCAACCCUUACUAGACACAGGAGUGUUCAUACUGGAGAGAAAUCCUACAAAUAUAAAGAAUGUGGAAAAGCUUUUAACCAGUCCUCAACUCUUAGUAGGCAUAAGAUAAUUUAUGCUCGAAAGAAACAAUACAGAUGUGAAGAAUGUGGCAGAGAUUUUAAAUGGUCCUCACACCUUACUAAACAUAAGAAAAUUCAUAGUGGAGAGAAACCCUACAAUUGUCAAGAAUGUGGCAAAGCCUUUAAUGUAUUCUCAACCCUUACUAGACAUCAGAGAGUUCAUGCUGGAGGAAAACUCUACAAAUGUAAAGAAUGUGGCAGAGCCUUCAGUAUGUUUUCAACCCUUACCACACACAAGAAAAUUCAUAUUGGACAGAGACCGUACAAAUGUGAGGAAUGUGGCAAAGAUUUUCACUGGUACUCACACCUUACUACACAUAAGAGAAUUCAUACUGGAGAGAAACCCUACAAAUGUGAAGAAUGUGGCAAAGCCUUUAGCGUUUGCUCAACCCUUACAACACAUAAGAGAAUUCAUACUGGACAGAGACCCUACAAAUGUGAGGAAUGUGGCAAAGCUUUUAAUUGUUACUCACACCUUAGUAGACAUAAGAAAAUUCAUACCAGAGAGAAACCCUACAAAUGUGAAGAAUGUGGUAAAGCUUUUACCCUGUCCUCAUAUCUUAGUAGACAUAGGAGAAUUCAUACUGGAGAGAAACCCUACAAAUGUGAAGAAUGUGGCAAAGCCUUUACUGUACUUUCAACCCUUACUAAACAUAAGAUAAUUCAUACUGGAGAGAAAACCUACAAAUGUGAGGAAUGUGGCAAAGCUUUUAGCCAGUCCUCACACUUCACAAAACAUAAGAAAAUUCAUCCUGGAGAGAAACCUUACAACUGUGAAGAAUGUGGCAAAGCUUUUAAUUGGUACUCACAUCUUACGAGACAUAACAGAAUUCAUACUGGAGAAAAACCCUACAAAUGUGAAGAAUGUGAUAAAGCCUUUAGUUUAUUCUCAAAUCUUACUACACAUAGGAGAAUUCACACUGGAGAGAGACCCUACAAAUGUGAAGAAUGUGGUAAAGGCUUUAAGCAGUCCUCAACCCUUAAGGAACAUAAGAAAAUUCAUACCAGAGAGAAAUCCUAUAAAUAGGAAGAAUGUGAUAAAGCUUUUAAUCACUUCUCAACCCUGACUACACAUAAGAUAAUUCAUGCUAGAGGGAAACCCUACAAAUAUGAAGAAUAUCUCAAAGUUGUUGGUUUUUUUUUUUU